ACUACAAAUAAAAAAUUGCCGCGGCAACCGGCCCGUGACGUCAGCCGUCCCAGCGCGACCCUGCUCGUGCUGCUUUGAUUGGAGGGAAACCCCGUGGACGAGCGCGAGCUAGCGAGCGAGCGAACAUCAGCUGUGCGGCCCGGGAAUCAGGAAUCAAGACGCGAGCGCCGUUUCAACGACGUCCACAGCCCACGUAGGAGCCAUGGCAGACAGGGAGAUCCUGGUACAGAAAGCCAAACUGGCCGAGCAGGCCGAGCGCUACGAUGACAUGGCGGCGGACAUGAAGGCCGUGACGGAGGAGUGCUCGGCCGAGCUGAGCAAUGAGGAGCGCAACCUGCUCUCCGUCGCCUACAAGAAUGUGGUGGGCGCCCGCAGGUCCUCGUGGAGGGUGGUGUCCAGCAUGGAACAGAAGUUGGAGGACAGCAGCAAGGCCAACCAGGCCAAAGAGUACAGGAUGAAGAUCGAGAAGGAGCUCCAUGACAUCUGCACAGAAGUUCUGGGUCUGCUCGAAAAGCACCUGAUUCCCAAAGCAACUGCUGCCGACAGUAAGGUCUUCUACCUUAAGAUGAAGGGCGACUACUAUCGCUACCUGGCGGAGGUUGCCACCGGAGAUGAGAAGGAGAAAAUCAUCACAAGCUCAAAAGAUUCGUACCAGGCGGCCUUGGACAUCAGCUACAGCGACAUGCAGCCCACUCAUCCCAUCCGCCUGGGCCUGGCACUCAACUUCUCCGUCUUCUACUACGAGAUUGUCAACUCACCCACCGAGGCCUGCAACCUGGCCAAAAAAGCCUUUGACGACGCCAUCUCCAUGCUGGACUCGCUGAACAGCGAAUCGUACAAAGACAGUACCUUGAUCAUGCAGCUGCUCCGCGACAAUCUGACUCUGUGGAUGUCCGACGCCCAGGCAGAAGGUGAUGAGACGGAGGCACCGGCCGAGGCUGACAAGAACUGAAGUCCUCUGCAAGAUGGGGAAAAAAAGAAGAAAAAUCCCCCCCCCUUUUUUUUUUUUUAAUUACCUCUCACCAGCCUAAGUUGUCUGCGUGGUUGUGCAUGUGCUCAUACAUGUGCAUAUGUAUGUUUACGCUCUACUCAGUGUGUAAAGUACAGUAUGUUCGUUCAUUGGAAGAACACCUCCACUGAUUUAAAAAAAAAAAAUGAAUCGAACAUUACUCAAUGUGUCAAAAAAUGGAUGGUAAAUUUUUUUCUGAUAUAGUUUAGUCCCAUUGUAUUUUUUUUUCCGAAAUUAGACCGUCGUUUGUGGUCGUAAGCUGCCACUGUUACAGGACAAAAAUCAAACCUCAAACUUUAUUUUGAAACUUUGUGUGUUUUUACUUGAACUGUUGUGACACUUGGGUCCACAAUAACACCUUGAAACGCGUCUACUGAAUCAAAAUCGUCACCGUUGUCUGAUUCUUGUCCAGUUUACACACACACAAAAAAUUGAUCCAGGUUUCAUCUGACAAAGUUAGUGGUUAGACUGUGGUGAACGUUUGCCAUUUUCCCGUGACCCGGCUGUUAUGUUUUACGGAUGGUACAUGCGUCACAAUAGCUCGGUGGGUUCUCGGUGCGCUUCGACAGCAAACUUGCUACGGUUCUUGGUGUGAAUGGACUUUUUCUUUUAGUUAUUUGGUCCAUCUUUUUGGGGUUGUUUUUUUUGGGCUGCGAUGAUUGAGUUUCAUCACGCUGACUUGUCUUCAGUUCAUAUCCUGCAUACUUUGCGUAAAAGUGAACAACUUGAUUAAAACAAAAAAAAAACGGCCUGAUACUGUAACUUUGUUUUGCUACUUUUUCUAUUCAGGUGUUUAUUUUGUAUGACCUUUUUUGUGUGUAUUUUAUUCCCCCUUUUACCCCAGGAAUGUAUGCGUUUCUCGUAGUAUGAUAUGAGAGGUCGGUGUGCUUUGAAACUGGCACUUGUUUUUUUUUGUUUUUAUUUGGAUUUCGCUUAGGAUUUAACCUGAACCAGGUGAAGCAUCUGCACAGUCUUUUUUCAGAAGUCAAAGGUGAUGCUGAUUCGCAAAGUAACUCCGUAAGAAGCAGCGUUUUUGGACCAUUGAGUAGACAGACACAAAUUAGUGCUGGUUUCUUCUAAUCAUGGUGGGUCAAACAAAAAAAUUGGAUGAAAUAAGAUGGGAUGCAGGAAUUGAAACAUGUUGCAGGUGGCACUCUUUAAGUAGGUUAUUUGGUUAUGUGCUUUCAUGUGAGACCAAUUAAAACAUUAAAUCCAAUUAUGUCGUG